CCAGAUCGGCGAUUAUAUGCUGUUAGAUGUGAAUCAAUACAAGAGUCUUAUGAAUGAAAUGAAGGCAUUAAAGGAAGAAAAUGCAAUCACUUUGGAAAGGCUUGAGAGACAGGAAUACAGUAACAGUGUGUUCAGGGAAUCAUAUGUCUCGCACCGGGAGUCACUGAAAUCAGCCAAAGAGCACGCAUCCAAUCCUGUGGUCAAGAAGUCAAAUAUGAGUGAAUACACAAAGAACCGGGUGUUGGCUAUCGUCUCGCACCGGGAGUCACUGAAAUCAGCCAAAGAGCACGCAUCCAAUCCUGUGGUCAAGAAGUCAAAUAUGAGUGAAUACACAAAGAACCGGGUGUUGGCUAUCGUGCGGGAGGAGUUGGAGCAAGGUGAAAAGUUUAAUCACGUUUGCGCCGCUAUUAUCAACGGAUUGGAGAAUAUGGAUCCGUGUCAGCGAUGGGUUGUUUUCUAUGAUUAUAGGGACGGCGCCGGCUUUUAUGAGCCGGUCACCACUCCAUUGUUUCUCAAAGUUAAAUACGGGGCCAUUUAUAUGGAAAUAUUUAAAUUUAAGCAUUAG